AUGGCCGAACCUAAAUCUAACAUCUUCGUCUUCUUCUUAAUUUCUUCUAUUUUUUCUGUCCAUUCCUUAACCCUUUCCUCAGAUAUUAUAGCCCUCAAAUCCUUCAUAUCUGCCAUUAAACCUACCUCCAUACCUCCCAAUUCUUGCCUCCGCACUUGGGAUUUCUCUACCGACCCUUGCUCCGUUCCUAGAGUCACUCAUUUCACCUGUGGCGUCACUUGCAGUGGAAACAGGGUGGUUCAACUCACCCUCGAUUCACAGGGCUACUCAGGAACACUCACUCCAUUCCUUGCAAAUUUAACUCGACUCAUCACCCUCGAUCUCACAGAGAAUAAUUUCUACGGCCCAAUUCCGUUUUCUAUUUUCUUUCUUCCUAAUCUGCAAAACUUGAUCCUUCGAGUCAACUCGUUCUCUGGUGUAAUCCCACCUUCUGUCACCUCCCUUAAGUCUCUGAAAUUUCUUGAUCUUUCGCGAAAUUCACUUUCUGGGUCGUUGCCGAACUCGAUGAACUCGCUCACCAGCUUGGCGAGACUGGACCUGAGCUACAACAAACUCAUUGGGUCUCUCCCGAAGCUCCCUUCCAACCUUAACGAACUCGCUUUAAAAGCUAAUUCCUUAACAGGAUCUCUUUUUUAUUCAUCAUUCAAUGCGCUAAUUCAGUUGAUGGUGGUGGAACUCGGUGAAAACUCCUUCACCGGAACUCUCGAUGCUAGGCUCUUCCUCUUACCCUCCUUACAGCAAAUCGAUUUAGCCAAUAAUAGCUUUACAGGUAUUAUUGUCCCAAAGCCUCCUACAAACUUCAACAGCCAACUCGUCGCUGUAAAUCUGAGUUUCAACAGGAUUAAUGGAUUUUUACCUGCGAAUUUCACUUAUUACCCUAUGCUGCGGUCUCUGGGACUGAGUUACAACCAGUUACGUGGACCAAUCCCGAAAGAGUACAGCAAGAAGGGCUCAUUACAGAGGUUGUUUCUUGACGGGAAUUUCUUGAACGGAUCUCCGCCGGCGGAAUUUUUCUCCGGCAACACGGCUGUUACUGGUAGCUUGGGGGACAACUGCUUGACGAGUUGCCCGGUUUCUUCGCAACUUUGCUCAAAAUCCCAGAAACCUGCUUCGAUUUGCCAGCAGGCUUACGGUGGGAAACCAAGCAAGAAGGGCUCAUUGCAGAGGUUGUUUCUUGACGGGAAUUUCUUGAACGGAUCUCCGCCGGCGGAAUUUUUCUCCGGCGACACGGCGGUUACUGGUAGCUUGGGGGACAACUGCUUGACGAGUUGCCCGGUUUCUUCGCAACUUUGCUCAAAAUCCCAGAAACCUGCUUCGAUUUGCCAGCAGGCUGACGGUGGGAAACCAAGGUCUUGA